GUUUUUACUUUCUCAAGCAACAGCCUUUUCACUUGAGUCACUAGUAUCUUCCUCCUUUUUCUGAGGUGCCCUGUUGAAGAAAUGCUGAUGAUGAGUGUUUUGACCAUAAAGUAUAGCAGGUGUGAGGAGCCUGUGUGACUCCACAAAUGGAGUCAUUAAUUCUUAAAUAAUAGAGAAUAGGCUCCAUAAGUUAGAAAACCUCUUUAGAUCUUUAUGAAUAAAACCAUGCUCUUUCAGUAACCUUUUUCUGCUUCUCCUUUCCCAGAAGGCAAAGUGGGAUUGACUCAGGUCAGCUCCAGUGUGGCUUCUGUUUUGGCUUUAGGCUUUUAAGAGAGGGGCUUAGAGAGCCUUAAGAGAGAUGACUACAGCAGUGGGAAUGGACAGGAAUAGAAAGUGUUCUAAGGUGGUGUCCUUUAGAGGGAGCCUGGAACAGGGCCUGCAGACAGGCAGGUGUUUUCACUCCUUCCAGAAUUGACUUGGGACUGUCUGUAGGGGAGGGGUGUGGGUAUGAAACAGAGAUGAGAUUGAGGAACUGUCAGCUUUAUACUUCCUACUCUGUGCUACUUGUUUUUUUUUAUUUUUUUUUUUCACCAUAACCAUUUAAGCCUUUUAUAAUAAUAAUGAGAACAAUUGAGCUCUGGUGCUCUAAUGUUGAAUAAUUAAAUGCAGUUGGAAAACAGAAUGGAAUUAGAAGUUCUAGUUUGUUAUUACAGUUCCACAGAUAUCUGCCAUCUUUAUAAUUGACUUUUCUUUUCCCUGGAGUCCAAGCAGAAUGACAUCCUUAACUCUAGAUUGCAGGUACUCCGUACGUGUGUCCCCACAAAUGGCGAACCGGAUUGUGGAUUCAGCAAGGAGUGUCCUCAACAAGUUCUUACCUGACAUCUAUAUUUACACAGACCACAUGAAAGGCAUUAACUCUGGGAAGUCUCCAGGCUUUGGAUUGUCACUUGUUGCUGAGACCACCAAUGGCACCUUCCUCAGUGCUGAACUGGCCUCUAACCCUCAGGGUCAGGGAGCAGCGGUGCUCCCAGAGGACCUUGGCAGGAACUGUGCCAGGCUGCUGCUUGAAGAAAUCUACAGGGGUGGAUGUGUGGAUUCAACCAAUCAAAGCCUGGCUUUGCUGCUUAUGACCCUUGGACAGCAGGAUGUUUCCAAAGUCCUGCUAGGACCACUCUCUCCCGAUAGAAUUUUUGCGGCAUUUGAAGAGUUUUUUCCAGAUUAUGUUUAAAAUCGAAACCAAGCCAUGUGGUGAAGAACUCAAGGGUGGAGAUAAAGUGCUGAUGACUUGUGUGGGCAUUGGCUUCUCCAACCUUAGCAAGACCCUCAAAUGAUAUUGUCACAAGAUAAGGCCCAAAUGUCUACAGACAAAGCAGAUGCUGCCAAGGACACCAAAUGGACCAAGUCCAAAUACAUUCAUCCAGGACAGGAUAGGCAUUUAUAUUAGGACUUUCUUCAAUUACCUUCUUCUGUCUUUUCCUGCCUUCCUUCCCUCCUUCCUCCUUUCCUUCUUUUCUUUCUCCGUAUUUCUUCCCUCCUUCACUUCCUCUCUCUCUCUUUUUCUUUCUUUCCUUUUUUAAAAAAUUAGGUGGCACAUAAUAAUUGUAUAUAUUUAUGGGGUACAGUGUGGUUUAUUCCAAUUCAGUGCAUUAUGUUUCAUAAAAUAAGAUGGGCACAGGGAGACAGAUGACACAAUGUUCUUACUUAUUGGUGGAAGGUUAAAAAAAAAGUAUCUCAAUUUUUUCAUUAAAAAAAUGUUUAAGCAGAAGACAUCUCUAGAUCAUGUGGAUUCCAGCCAUUUCUCCAGUAACAUCAACACACUUCAGGAGGCCAAGUCACAGUGAGAGCUGCCUUGACUUACCUGAAGGAAGAAUUUGCCUUCAGGACAGAGUCAUAUGGAGCAACAGUAUCACAGCUGUAUUUCAGCUGUGCUUCCUCAUCCCACCUCUCUGGGCUUCUGUUGAGGGGUGGUUUUCUAGACUUGCAGAGUCUCUUACUGUCCUUUUAGCAAGAACAGGUUCUUUGAGUCUCUGUUUUUGUGCAAGUUGUGCAGUGCUAUGCAAAUGUCAGAAAUUGGUAUAUUGUACUAUUUCCUGUCUUCUGAAUGGAUUGCUAUCAUGAAUGCAGAUACUGUUUCUUGUCUGGUUCAUUGUAUGCAUAUGUAUGUGAGGGAUGGGUGAGUGGGGAAGGCAGGGUUCAAACUAAAGUUAUUGAAUGUUUUCUACACCCUAAA